AUGAUGAAAUCUUCCAAGUCUCGCCGCGGUGGCACCGGUGGUAGUGAUCGCGGGGGCAUUCGCAAGCGGGGUGCUACUCGCACUGACCGAGAUGGAGAUAUGGACAUGGAUGCCGCUACCUCUCGGGCCAGGAGGAACCGUACCGAAGCUAGUCGUGCCGCUUUGGGUGGUCGCAUCUCAAGUGGAGGAGCCGGUGGCAGAGCCGCAGGCAGUGGCAGUCGAACUCAGGCUCAGGCCCACAACCGGAACGUCGACUUGAUCCAGCGCGCAAUCGCUAGCACCGAUCCGCAAGCGAACUUCCGUCAAAACAGGAGAGAUGGCGGCAAGAACAAGGGCAACCUUGACACCUUCUGUGUCCGUGGAUGGAAAAGCAGUAAGGCUGCAAGCAACAAGGACCAGGGCCGUGAGGCUCUUGUCGCCUUCCUCGAACGACGCAUGAACUCCUCCAUCAAAAACGGACCCCGCAUCAGAAUCACUCAGGUAAGUCCCACAGUCGCAACGGUCACCUUGCAUGCAUCUCGGCGCCUUCCAUUUUCGUGUCUCUUCGUUCUCGGGCGUGGACCCUUUCUCGAUGAUGAUCAACAUAUUUUGGGGCAUUUUGGAGCUUUGCGCAUGCACGAAAAGAAAGGUCCUGAUACCCUGCUUGUAUCGAUUCACCAUGACCUGGCUGAUAAGAUGCUUCGAAUCAACGGAAAUGUCUUCGCCGGCGUCAAAAUCACUGUUGACCCAUACAAUGCGGAUGACGCACUUGCAAGCGAACUAGCACCAGCGGACGGUGCUCCUGGCUCCACUGCCGAUACCAAAACCAAGAUGCUUGCCAUCCUCGAUAAGCGAUACUUCGCUGAAAACAAGCUUCUUGACAUGUCGGAUUUGGCAGGCGACCUCGAUCUGCAGGAGAUGGGAAUCUUCAACUCCACCUCCACCGAAUCAAAGUUCUUCCCCGCCCUCAUGAAAGUCUGGGAGACACGUUACGAUAGCUCUGCAGCUCGGCGUGAAGCAGUGGAAAGCGCCAGCUUGGCAAACAACAACCUCAGCAACAUCAGUGUCGUGACUACUCUUGCUCAAGCCGUCCCCGAUAUCAAGAACUUGGACCUCUCAAACAACAAGUUCAAGGAUGCGCAGGCAAUUAUUGGAUGGCGGUGGAAGUUCCGCAACCUCGUUUUCCUCGACUUGACUGGAAACGACUUUUCCACCCUUCCUAACUUCAAGGACACCAUGCUCAAGUGGUAUCCCAAGCUACAAAUCUUGAAUAACGUUCAGGUGCGCACUGCAGAGGAGGUCGCACUUCAGAAAAAGACUCCGAUUCCAGUCCAACCCCCUCACUUCCACGAUGAAUCGCAAAUUGGCGAGAACUUCGUCCGUGCCUAUUUUGUUGGCUACGACAAUGAUCGCAACGCCUUAAUUCCCAACGUCUACGACAACGAAUCUACCUUUUCUCUCAAUAUCAACACAGUGUCUCCAAGAUCCAUGAAUUCCGAGGCAGUUGGUUGGAGUGAUUACAUCAAAAAGAGUCGAAACCUCGACAAGAUCAGCCAUCUCCCUGCACGCAUGUCACGCACCUACAAGGGCAUUGACAGGAUUCGCGAGAUUUUCAACGAUCUCCCACCUACUCGUCACCCCGAUUUGACCACCAAGGCUGAUCAAUGGCUGAUUGAAUGUUACCCACUCCCUGGUCUUCCCGACCCCUCUGGACAGAGCCCCUUCGGUGUUGGUGGUCUCUCGCUCACAGUGCACGGUCAGAUGGAAGAGAGCGUUGCUGGCAAACUUGAACUUCGCAGCUUCGACCGAACCUUCAUCCUUGGGCCUGGAAACACACCCGGUGGCAUUCGAAUCAUCAGCGAUAUGCUCUGUCUUCGUGCUUACGGCGGACACGAUGGAUGGAUCCCUGAUUCUAUUGCACUUCCUCAAGUCGCUGCGCCUGCUCCCAAUGCACCUCCCGCCGAGGCGCCUGCAGCUGCCCCGGCUGCCCCCAAUCCUCCCGCCGGAUACGGUUUGCCUGGACCUGGAAAAUCUGACACUCAGGUCCAGCAAGAGCAAAUCGUUGCACAGAUGAGUGCCAAAUCCGGCAUGACUAUUCAAUAUUCAGAAAUGGCUCUUGUGAGCAACAAUUGGAAUGCCGAAGCUGCGUGGGGUAAUUUCGAACAGCUCAAGGCUUCUGGCACCUUGCCCCCAACCGCCUUUCUUACUCCCUCGUGA